GACGACGACGGGUGGUUAUCGAACGUCUCUGGUUUUCAUUGAACAGAGCUUCAGUGAGGUGCUGUGAAAUAAGUUUUGUUGCUUGUGUUCCAAGUGCUUUUGAGAGGAUUUAGUGAAAUUGUUACAAUUCUGGUAGCGGUGAUGCUGUUUGCUUGCACUAUAAUUGAAGAAGAGAGGCUACAGAAGCAGCGAAGCAAAAAUAAUUGAGUGACAUAAUCAGUUUGAUGACAUAGGUAAAUAAAGCUGUGAAUGUGAGUCUAGACAAAUCAACAAUAAUAUUGAGAAUACUGUGAUCUGAUUAAGGGGCACAGAAGUGAAAAAAAAAACAAAACAAAUCAUCAGCAAUAAUGGAGGAGAGCAACGAAGUGGUGCUUUACAUCUACGAUCUGACGCAGGGCAUGGCUGCAAUGAUGUCACAAAUGCUGCUAGGUCGACACAUUGAGGGCAUUUGGCACACGGCGGUUGUCGUGUUCGGACGUGAACACUUCUUUGGAUCCCAUGGCAUUACAAGCUGUUUACCGGGAGCUACCGUGCUCGGACAACCGUUGCGAAAGCAGGUGAUCGGUCAGACGUUCAUACCCCAGGCCGUAUUCUCGGACUACGUACGGGGCCUAGCGGAAAGCACCUUCAGAGGCACCAACUACAACCUCCUGCGCCACAACUGCAACACCUUCAGCGAGGACCUGUGCCAGUUCCUGUGCGGCGUUGGCAUCCCAAAGUACAUUCUAGACCUGCCACAGGAGUUCCUGUCCACACCGCUCGGGCAAAGUCUCGCCCCGCUGAUUGCCAGUCUCGAUUCGGGCGGUGAUCCGACGGCAAACUUCCAGCACGAAUCGGACUUCCUUCGGGGAGGGCCACCGCGUGCACCCAGUCCCGGUUUCGACCAGCUGAACACUCAAAUCGAACAGGCUCGCCAGCAGUCGCAGGAGCUGACCGAACGACGGAAUAAGAUCCGCGACAAGAUCGACAAGAAGAGUAAGAAGAAAGAGAAGAAGUCCAAGAAGGACCGGGCGCAAGGUUCGGCUGAAUCAGACCAGAACUCCACCGGAAUGUCUGAGGGUGAAGCGGAAUCGAUGAACGGCAGCAACGGUGUGAAUGGAUCCAUUCCGCCGGAGAUGUUGCCGUCGGAGAAGGUACGCAAGGAGGAGGAAGCUGAGCGAUUGGCGGAGGAGGAGCGCAAGAGGAAUCGUGAACCACCGAUUAUUUUUAAGGAAGUUGAUCCAAAACUCGAAUUAGAAUGUCUCGUCAACUUAGUCGAUGGGAAACUAUCCGAAGAGGAACAGGUAGCGGUGGACGAACUUCAUCAGUAUCUGCUAUUGGGAGAAGGAGCCUGGGCUUUGGGUGACAGUUUCCUGGUAUUCGUUGGACGAAUGCUUCGGGAUAAUUCUCUAUCGACCGAAGUUCGCGUCCACUUGAUCCGUGCGUUGGCCAACGCUGCUCUAAAGGACGACAUCAUUUUGCUGCUUCACCAAGACAGACGAGAUCACGUGCUGAUGAACUUUGCCCAAGACAUUGACAGACAUCCCCCAGAGGAACAACAGGCAAUAGCUCUCUUUAUGUGCAACUUGUUCGAGAACGACAACGCCUCCGAGUGGCUGCUUUACAUCUCCGAGUGGCAAUACAACAACCAAUCGAUUUCGAAUAUCCGUGCCUCUACGAAGGUGGCCGUGCACUGUUUGCUGUCCGCCUGUCCCCGACUGAAGGAACUCGGCACUGCGCUGGUCCACAACUUAGCCUGUAAGGAAGUCAAAACUGUGGUAUUCGACGACGUAGCGGUGGAGAUCUCGAUGGCCCUGCUUCAGUUCUUCAACUCAGAACCAUCGGAAGAGCACCUCUUCCGAACGAUGAAGGCCUUGGCUAAGUUUGUUAACGUUUCCCCAGAUGUUCCGCAGUUCAUUCAAAUGAUUGGACCACACCCCAAGACACUGCGAGGCAAGAGCGAUCGAAUCAAUGAGCUAAUUGAUCAGAUUUCCAAAAAAGUUCGCUAACAUCAUAUUUCUUUAACUUCUCUCCAAAGAUCGACUUGUUUAGAUAGUUGAGAAUUUAACCGUAGAACCAAUACACAAACAAUAUCCAUAAACCUAGAGCAGUUAGACGACAGUCAGUACGAUAAGUUGAACAAGGAAUACCGAUGAUAUUUAAUGCGCCAUAUUUCAUGAUUCAUUUUUUUUUUCAUGCUUCCCAAUAAAGGAAAUUCGGAGCAUUUGCAUUUUCCCCGUUGGCGGUUAGUAAUAUAAUUGCCACACACAAAUCUUUACUCUAGUGCAAUAUUGUCUAAAUUGGAAUCAUAUCUGUUAGAAACUACUUUCGUUUUCCUUGGAAAGGGGGAUAAUUUCUGUUCUAAAACUAUGUAAAAGAUCAGUGAUUUGUCUUCGACGAAAAGAUAAGUGUUUUUUCUUAUUUCUUUGGAUGAAAAUCGUACUAACGCAUUAUACAAACAAUAUAUGAUAUUUUUAUUGAA